AUGGGGAGCUUGGAUCACGGAACAAAUCACCUGCCGAGGAAUCUCCUAGAUUCUAGCAAGGCGACAGUACCGGGGCAGCUGAUAUGGGAGAUCGUGAAGAAGAACAACUCCCUUUUGGUUAAGGAGUUUGGCAACGGCACCGCUAGCGUCAAGUUUACCAAGGGGCCGCCCAACAGUCUUUGCGACCUCCACUCUUACAAGCAUUCUGGAUUGGCAAACAAGAAGACAAUGACCAUUCAACCAGGAGGCAAAGAUCAGUCUGUGUUGCUUGCUGCAACAAAGACCAAGAAACAAAACAAGCCUUCAGCUUUGUAUAACAAGUCUGUCAUGAAGAAAGAGUUCCGUCGAAUGGCCAAGGCUGUUACAAACCAGGUGGCAGAUAACUAUUACAGGCCUGAUCUGAAGAAGGCUGCUCUGAUACCAUGA